AUGUCCUCAGCACUCAAACAAACGCUCUUCCUUCUGGUUAUCACAUUGGCACCAUGCGUGUCCGGGGCAUUAAAGUCAUUAUCUGCCAGCCAUGACUCCCAAAAUUCACGAAGACAUAGAACAUCAGAAUCUUUCAUAGGAACACCUAUAACGCUAGGUAACGCUUGGGCUGCAACUGUAACAUUAUCCAGAAGACAGACAACGUUCAAACAAGGCCCAACGCCAGUUUCACCCACAACAGCUUCAAAGGUUGCGCUGUCAGAACCAAAUUUGAAAUCAGAACUAGUUAAUCCAAGCAAGUGGACAUGUACUUUCUACAAUGGUGUAUACACAUGUGUUUUUUCGCCUACACCUGAAGCUGUCUCUACCACACCUCGCUCCCCAAAGACUGUAUCCACCACACCAACUACCAAUAUGCCAGACUCUACACCAACUACCAAUAUGCCAGACUCUACACCAACUACCAAUAUGCCCGACUCUACACCAACUACCAAUAUUCCAGACUCUACACCAACUACCAAUAUGCCCGACUCUACACCAACUACCAAUAUGCCCGACUCUACACCGACUACCAAUAUGCCCGACUCUACACCAACUACCAAUAUGCCCGACUCUACACCAACUACCAAUAUGCCCGACUCUACACCAACUACCAAUAUGCAAAACUCUACACCAACUACCAAUAUGCCCGACUCUUCACCAACUACCAAUAUUCCAGACUCUACACCAACUACCAAUAUGCUCGACUCUACACCAACUACCAAUAUGCCCGACUCUACACCGACUACCAAUAUGCCAGACUCUACACCAACUACCAAUAUGCCAGACUCGACACCAUUUACCAAUAUGCCAAACUCUACACCAACUACCAAUAUGCCCGACUCUACACCAACUACCAAUAUGCCAGACUCUACACCAGCUACCAAUAUGCCCGACUCUACACCAACUACCAAUAUGCCAGACUCUACAUCAACUACCAAUAUGCCAGACUCUACACCAACUACCAAUAUGCCAGACUCUACACCAACUACCAAUAUGCCAGACUCUACACCAACUACCAAUAUGCCAGACUCUACACCAACUACCAAUAUGCCAGACUCUACACCAACUACCAAUAUGCCCGACUCUACACCGACUACCAAUAUGCCCGACUUUACACCAACUACCAAUAUGCCAGACUCUACACCGACUACCAAUAUGCCCGACUCUACACCAACUACCAAUAUGCCAGACUCUACAUCAACUACCAAUAUGCCAGACUCUACACCAAUUACCAAAAUGCCAGACUCUACACCAACUACCAAUAUGCCCGACUCUACACCAACUACCAAUAAGCCAGACUCUACACCAACUACCAAUAUGCCAGACUCUACACCAACUACCAAUAUACCAGACUCUACACCAACUACCAAUAUGCCCGACUCUACACCAACUACCAAUAUGCCCGACUCUACACCAACUACCAAUAUGCGAAACUCUACACCGACUACCAAUAUGCCCGACUCUACACCAACUACCAAUAUGCCAGACUCUACACCAACUACCAAUAUGCCCGACUCUACACCAAUUACCAAAAUGCCAGACUCUACACCAACUACCAAUAUGCCAGACUCUACACCAACUACCAAUAUGCCAGACUCUACACCAACUACCAAUAUGCCAGACUCUACACCAACUACCAAUGUGCCAGACUCUACACCAACUACCAAUAUGCGAGACUCUACACCAACUACCAAUAUGCCAGACUCUACACCAACUACCAAUAUGCCAGACUCUACAUUAACUACCUAUAUGCCCGACUCUACACCAACUACCAAUAUGCCAGACUCUACACCAACUACCAAUAUGCCAGACUCUACACCAAAUACCAAUAUGCCAGACUCUACACCAACUACCAAUAUGCCCGACUCUACACCAACUACCAAUAUGCCAGACUCUACACCAACUACCAAUAUGCCAGACUCUACACCAAAUACCAUCAUGUCAAACUUCACCACUUCAACUACCACUAUGUCAAGCAAAUGGUGGUGUAGAAUCUAUUAUGAUCCACGUAAUUGUGUAAUUGUUACUACCCCUAAAGCUAUUUCCACCACACCUACUACCACUAUAUCACACUCCACAACACCCACUACACCUAUGUCAGAAUCCACCACACACACUACCCCUAAAGCCGUCUUCACAAGUACUUCAACAUUUGCUCACUCAACUACUGACCCGUCAACAUCGAAUCCACCGUCAGCGUCAACAACAACAGUGAAUGAGAUUUCCAGUUCCUCUCAAAAGCCUGCAAGCACGAGAUGGUGCGAGAAUGAAACUAUAAACUUCAGAAACUGUUCCAACAUAAACCUUCUCAAGGCUAGGCAGCUGGGAGAGAGUCUGACAGUCUCAAACCAAAGCGACGAAAAUAUAACCGCCAUUGUUAGACAGAUGGCAGCACUCUAUGACCUCAGUCUGCAGAACAACUCCAAAAUCUCAGCCCCUGAGAUCGCCUCUAUCAUCGGAGACUUUGAGAUUAUUGGGAAAACCUUGGCAAGCUCUAAUGCUGACGUAAGCAAUGAGACGCUCGAGAUGUUUGCUGAGGUCUCCAGCAGACUCACAUCGGCUGACAGCGAGGCUUGGAAGGACGAACCUGGCCUGGUAAAAACGGCAACUUUCCUUCACUCGAUGGAGCAAAUAGUCAAAUCCAGCCUCAGGAGCUUCAACGGGACAAGUUCAGUCAUAGAGAAAUACCCAUCUCUAGUUAUCUGCCGUUUCCGAGGUCGAGGCAACAUUACUUUUCCAUGGACUAACGUUAACUCCAGCUUGGUAGCAGAAUCAGAAGUCCAGAUAUACCUACCUCUGGGCGAUAGAGAAGAUGACAAAAAUCAACUGUAUUCUGUAAUCAUCUACAACCAGCUGGCACAGAAAAUUAAUUUGAAUCCACAAGUUCAAAACAAGUUUGAACAGGGACACCUUCUGGGCAAGAGCAUAACUUCGCCCAUCAUUUCAGUCUCAAUCCUUCAUACUCCCACCCAGAGGCCAAUAGAAUUAACCUUUUCACAUAAAAAAAAUUUUUCAAGACCGUCAUGUGGUUUUUUAAAAACUGAAAAUCAACUUGGUCUCUGGUCAACCAGUGGGUGUGUUGUAAAAAGUGAAAACAUGACCCACGUGGUGUGUUUCUGUCAGCAUCUAACCAACUUUGGUCUCUUAUUGAGUCUUAGAGGCUAUAAUGAAGAAAUAUUUGCUUUAAGUCUGAUUUCGAUGAUUGGAUGUUCUCUAUCAAUGCUGGGUCUGGCUCUCACUCUUAUAGUCUUCAGUUUGGUUUGGAGGCAGGUGAAAGAUGAUCGGACUGUUCUUCAUGUGAACCUUAGUGUUUGUCUAUUUAUAGGAUACACACUAUUUUUGACUGGAAUGGAUAAAACAGACCAUGAGGUUGGAUGCACAAUUGUGGCUGUCUGCCUCCACUAUUUCUUCUUGUCAGCAAUUUUCUUAAUGUUAGCUGAAGGUCUCAACAUAGUCAGACUUAUCAUCAUUGUAUUCACUAGUAGCUCAAAGUCAUUUGUGCGCUACCUUUUGUUAAUCUCUUAUGGCAUACCUAUGGUGAUUGUUGCCAUAUCUUUGGCAAUCACAAAAGCACAAGGCUAUGGAGGUAGAUCCAGCUGCUGGUUGUCUGUGGAAACUGGUCUGAUCUGGUCUUUUGGAGCUCCAGUUCUGCUGGUUAUCCUAGUGAAUGGAGUGAUUCUUGUAGUGGCAAUCAGAAAAAUUCAAAAUUCACAGAUAAUCCGGAAUCUUUCAACCCAGCAACGCAUAAAAUCCAUUCUUCGUGCAUUUGGUGUGCUCACACCAUUACUGGGGCUAACAUGGUUGUUUGGUAUUUUUUCAAUCAACAGCCAAACUAUUGCCUUUCAAUAUAUUUUUGCAUUAUUAAAUUCCACCCAGGGCAUCUUUAUCUUUGUGUUCCAUUGCCUGCUCCAGAAAAAGACAAGAGAUGCUUUGAAACUGUGGUGGAAAAGACAAUUUCCUGGAGAGUUGGGAGCACCAAAGAAGACACAAGAGACAAGUGUAGUGGAUGUUCAGUUAGUGAAUUAUAUCUCCAAAGGAAGCUUUGUGUUCUCUGAGACCCAAGAAAGCCCACUGACAACAAAAAUGUCUGACCACAACCCCCAGCUGUCAGCCCAACUUUAAGACAACAGAGAGGUGAACAUUUCAUCUACAUUCAUAUGAUCUGAUGGUUGCAUCAUACCAACAAGACCUGAUGGUUGCUUCAUUGCUUCAUACAAACAAGACCUGAUGGUUGCUUCAUUGCUUCUUUGAAGAUGUUAGUUUCGACAUUUUAAACAUUGAAUUCAAAUUUUCAAAAAUGUUAUUUAUCAUUUCUUUAGCUAGUGCAUUUAAAAUGAGUUUUGUAAGAUUUAAAAUACAUUUGGAAAACAGGGCUUUAGAGAUCAGCAUGUUUCUCUCAGCAGUCUUCUGUAAAAUACUCUUUAUUAAUUUUUUUUGUCAGAAGUCUACAAUAAAAUAGCUUUGUUUAUUUUUUUUUUGGUUAGCAGUCUUCUAUAGUCAACUUAGUCAGUCUAGAUUUAUGGCUUUGGUCAGCAGUCUUCUAUAGUCAACUUAGGUCUAGAUUUAUGG